AUGCUGUACUUCCAGGUGGUGAUUCUGGCAGCUACAGUGAUGCUGGUCUACUACUGUGAGUUCACGGAUACUUUCAGUGUGGCACAGCAGGGCUUCAUCUGCAGGGACCCGGCUUUAACCAAACCAGAUCCUGGACCUGAACAGGACAGCCUCAUACAGCCUGUAAUACUGUACUCUGUGGUGGGUGGACUGCCUGUUGUACUGAUUUCAGGUGUGGAACUUGUUAUCUUCCUCCUUCACUACAACUCAAACAACCUUUAUGACCAUGAGAAGGUUGUCGUCAUGGGUGACUGUUGCUAUGUGAAUCCCAUGGUGCGCAGGACCUUCCGUUUCCUUGGUGUCUAUGUCUUUGGUCUGUUCACAACUGACAUCUUUGUCAACGCUGGUCAGAUGGUCACAGGAAGUCUGGCUCCUUACUUCUUGUCUGUUUGCCAACCCAAUUACACCGCCCUUGGCUGCCAGGAUGCCACCGACUUCGUCAGCCGAUCAGACGUCUGUAACGGCGACCCUGAUGACAUCAUGAGAGCCAGGAAGACGUUCCCCUCCAAAGAGGCUGCACUGAGUCUGUACACAGCUGUUUACUUGGCGGUGAGUACUUCACUUCAAAAGACCAUGGAUGAAUAAUAAUUAUUUUUAUCUACAUAAAUCAUAAACUGGAAAUACCCACAACUGCAGAAUGUUGACCUAACUUUGUUAUACUGGUUUUCUCUCCAGAUGUACAUCAUGUCUUGUGUUGCUUCCUGUGGAGGUCGUCUGAUGGGGCCCCUCCUCAGUCUAUCAUUGGUCAGUGUGGCUGUGCUGACAGGCAUCAACAGAGUGGCCGAGUACCGAAACCACUGGAGUGAUGUGAUAGCAGGACAAGCUAUCGGAGGAGCUAUUGCUGUCUUUCUGGUGGUGUUUGUGGUUCAUUAUUUUAAAAAGAGACCCAUGAUCCCUUACAGUCCAUCAGAUGUAGGCACAUCUAACACUGAUGAGGCUUCAGCCCAAAUUAAUCACGCCAUGGAAACUGGUGACAAAUACAUUUUCACACAGAGCCCAGGAUCCUUCACUGAAGUCACAUGA